AUGGCUAUUAAAGUGCAAACCAAAGAACACUCCGCUUCCGAGUCUGAAUCCAAGACGGGCACUAGCAGCGCGUCGCGCGCCACGGCGAAGAACAGAACCGCCGUCCAGCAAGCACAACAGGCAUUUUUGGCCAAGCACAUUAACUCAAACGGCCCGAACGAUCAGCCAAUCCCGUCUCCGCUAGACUUUGAGAGCUUACCAACCGAGGCUUUGCGCAAAUACAAGAAAAAAUUUGGAAUUAAUGUCCCUUCGUCCUUGACCAUCAGUGGGUACAUGUUGGCGAGCGAGGCCGGAAAAAAAACCUACAGCUACAAAAAUAAGGAUAGAAUCACCAAGACUGAAUUGGCCAGCCAUGUGAAGAAGCACUUUAUGAACCAACAGUGCCGCGAGAGCGAGAUCAUCACCAACUUCAUAUACAAGGUGAACAACCAAGGUACGUACCACGUCUACGUGGGAACGCAGCAUCACUAA